CGCCCUUUUGCCUUAUCUCCUCCCAGCAUUGCCUUUAUUUUUUAACCAUAUUUUUUUCAAGCAAAAAAUUAUCUCCUUUUUCCCGCACAGCAUCGGACGUCUUGUCAGCCUAAACCGACGCCGGUUCCGACCAGUCUCCUCCCUCUCUUCCUCCUCCCCCCCGACCCCACAAAGCCAUCAACCCUUUUGCCCUUCUUCUCCUUUCCCCUCCUCCUCCUUCUUCAUUAGCAUGCCCAAGUUCAAGAAGCCCUUGAGCAUCUCCUCCUCUCCUCCUUAAGGCCUCCUUGACUGCUAGCUAGCUUCCCCAUGCCAUGUCUUAACUUCCGCCAUGGAAGCCAAGCUUCAGCUCUUCCCUUCAUGGCUCCUUUCCUUUUAAAAGUACUUGUCUAGGGUUUUGGUUUUGUGUCGUCUGAUAAUCACUUCUUGAUUUAGGGUUUUUUGGGGCUUAAUUUUAUUACAUGGAGGAUCAAUACAACCAGAUGAACGGUGGGAGUGGCCACCACCGAGGGAAUUUCCUCUACCCUUCUAACCAGACAUCGGCCAUGUCUUUCCACCUCCAAUCUGCUACUGAUCAUCAUCAGUGUUUCCAGUCACCAGCUCAUGUGAAAACAGAAGCUGCUAAUAACAGUAAUAAUAACAAUCAUCAUCAUCUCGGACAGCAUCAGAAGCUUCGGUACUCUCUUCAAGCAGGGAUCAGCGAUCAGAGCUCCUCGAGCAACGAAGUCGAGGCAAUCAAAGCCAAGAUUGUAGCUCACCCUCAGUACUCCAACCUCUUGGAAGCUUACAUGGACUGCCAAAAGAUUGGAGCGCCGCCGGAGGUGGUGGCGAAGCUGGCAGCGGCAAGACAGGAGUUCGAGGCAAGGCAGCGGUCAUCGUCUGUGACCUCUUCAGAUGCUGCGAAGGACCCGGAACUCGAUCAAUUCAUGGAAGCGUACUAUGACAUGCUAGUGAAAUACCGGGAAGAGCUGACCCGGCCGCUGCAGGAAGCCAUGGAUUUCAUGCGACGGAUCGAAACCCAGCUCAACAUGCUCAGCAAUGGCCCCGUUCGUAUCUUCAAUUCUGACGAGAAGGGUGAGGGUGCUGGUUCCUCGGAAGAUGAUCAAGACAACAGCGGAGGAGAAACGGACUUGCCGGAAAUUGAUCCACGUGCUGAGGACCGAGAGCUCAAGAACCACUUGCUGAAGAAGUAUAGCGGGUACUUGAGUAGUCUCAAACAAGAGCUUUCCAAGAAGAAGAAGAAGGGGAAGCUUCCGAAAGAGGCCAGACAGAAGCUCCUUAGUUGGUGGGAGUUGCAUUACAAGUGGCCAUAUCCUUCGGAGACAGAGAAGGUGGCAUUGGCGGAAUCAACGGGCUUGGACCAGAAACAGAUAAACAAUUGGUUCAUUAACCAACGGAAACGGCACUGGAAACCCUCGGAGGACAUGCAGUUCAUGGUGAUGGAUGGUCUACAUCCCCAGAACGCAGCGGCUUUGUACAUCGACAGUCACUACAUGAGUGAUGGUCCGUACCGUCUAGGUCCAUGAGGGGGCUGGGGCCCCUCCAUGACGGGUCAUUCUGAGGUUCAGGUCUGAUUCAAGGAUUGUGAGACGAUAACCUAUAAAAGAAAGCCGAACAAUCUCUCCUAUUAUUUAUUGUGCGACAACCGGGUAAUGUCCUUGCAAAGCCCUCGUGUCUUCUAUGUCUUAGUAUACUGUAGCUCUGUCAUACGCAUUUGAUUUUGAUUUGGAGUUGCUUUGGCCUGCGCUUUCCUCCUAGGGUACGGAAAUUUUAGCGUAAACCAAUCUUAAUUUGGUGUUGUAUGAAAAGCAUAAGACAUGGCUUCUAGCUUAUCGUGUCUCAUGUCAGGACGUUGUAUUCAAGUUCGGGUUUAGUGAACCGGUGAUAAUGUAUAGGCAUGGGGUUUCUUUUGGUUGUUAAGUGUGAUAUCUUAAGUAGUUGUGUAAGGGUUGGGGAAGUAGAGAUGUGUUGUCAGUUCUAUUUAUAUAUCAAGUUUUAAUGGCAAAAAAGCCACUAAUUAAUUGUACCACAUCUAUAUAGCUUGGUAAUUCUUCUUUCGAACCGAAAGCCAAAGUUGCUUCAUGUACUAUACGAACUUUGCCAUGACUCUAUGCUAUUAUUUGCUUCAUUGAGUUGA